AUGUUUCAGAUGCCUCUAGCACCGCCUUCUUCUGGUCAGUUGACCACCUCAGCGCCACUUGGUUCAACGACUCCUGCAACAGCAUCCACCUCACUUGGAGCUAAUGGAGGAGGAGAGCUCGCGUAUAAAGACGGGGUAGUGCCAUGGGUCGAGAAGUACAGGCCAGACAAUCUGGAAAAGAUACACGGACAUGAGGAGAUACUGUCCACUAUCCGUCGUUUUUUGAAGACCAAUCAACUACCGAAUCUCCUAUUCUUAAGGUCAGCUUUUAUCCAUCUUUCUCAGCAUCUCCUCGCUACCCUCUAGUUCCCGUCUACUUUAUGGGAAAGCGAAAGGGGUCGACGAGAUGAAUGAAACUGAAAGCGCUUGCUCAUCUAAUACUCCACGGACCCGCUGGAACCGGGAAGACGACAACGGCAGUAGCGAUCUGCAAACAGAUUUUUGGCAAGGAUGAGUACAAGCUGAGCACUUUGGAACUGAACGCCUCAGAUGAUAGAGGCAUAAACGUGAUCCGAAACGAAGUCAAGAACUUCUCACAGACGACGAGUUUUGGUACAACUAGUACUAAUAACGCGAUGUUGUCGUUUUCUUGCAGGUCUGACACAUGGUAUCUAUGUAUACUAUACAUGCAUGGUGCAUGGAGUAGCAUGGAGUGCAUGGAGCGCAGAUCUCUAAGGGACGCAAGAGGCGCCCCCUUUAGCUCCACACAGCUCCAUGCGAUCCAUGCACUCCAUGCCAUGCGAGCGGGCAAACCUUAUAAAUUAGUCUGGUAUAGGUAAUAUACUUUGGGGCGCAGCAACUGCAACACUCCUUGACACUGACUGAUAUCAUCAUUUUGCAUUUUUGUCCGUAUCUAUAAGCAAAAGCAGUCUCCCACCUGAAUCUUCUGCUUCGGAAAAAAAUGAGCCUUCCUAGUAGUUGGUAUUCCAAAAUUCUUCCCAAGUACUUCAACGUAUGAUCUAUCAGGUUCCUUCACUUUCUCCGGUCAAGAUCCAGAGCAUGCUUCGAUCCGGCGACAGUUCAAAGUUGUUGUCCUAGAUGAAGCCGAUAGCAUGAUAAACACAGCUCAGUUUGCGUUGAGAAGGAUGAUCGAGCAGUACGCCAACAGCGUGCGGUUCAUUAUCAUCUGCAAUUUCGCGCACAAAAUUAUCCCAGCACUAGUGAGCAGAUGCACGAGUUUUAGGUACUUAUUUUGUUAUACUGUCUCAAAAGAAGUAAAAGGUUCCUUUGUUCAGUGUAAAAAUCUUCUUGUUUGGUGAAUUAUUCUGUUUCUUUGCUCAUGAUCAAGUUCAGAUUCAAGUUCUUCUUCCCUACAAACAAGAAUACAAGCGCUAUCGCCCUCCUGCACCUCCAAGGUUCUCCGUCCUUCCCGAAGAGCAUACUGUUGCUUGUGUCCGAAAGGUAGCGGAACACGAAAAAAUCAAGUGUGAUGAACUUGCCAUUCAAGCUCUUCAGAAAUGUUCCAAAGGUGACUUGCGAAAAGUCCUGAAUAUGCUUCAAUCUUUGGUGAUACUGGAGAGGGCGAAACAGAGCACGAGUACAACGACCGCGAAUUCGUGCACCGGUAGCGACAACAAAUCUCGUCCUGUGGCGUCACCAGUAAAGAUAACGGAAGACGAAAUUUACAGAUCACUGGGCCUAUGCACGCCAUCAGAGGUGGAUCACGUUGUAAGGCAGUUGCUGACCUACACCGGCGACCCAGACGACCUCGUGCGCUCGCUUUGCUCACAGAAAUUAUGACGCGUUAUUUUAAUUUUUGAUACUGUUGCUCCAUCGUUCGUUGGAAUGACGAGUUGGGAGGGCAAAAGGGCUCGCUCUUUCCUUAGCCAUUUAGGCGCAAGGCAGUCCAGCGAAGUGGCGGCGUUUUUUCUCUCUUUCAUUUCUUGCGCCUUGUUCUUCUCUCGUCGGACAAUGGCGUCGCCAGCGAGCAGGUGAGCCGUGGCGCCCUACAGCCGACGGUGGGAGUGCCGUCGCGCGGAGCUGGGGCAAGAGCUGGCAAACUCGACAAAGCGCGUGGCCCCUCUUUUUCUUCAUUCGUUUCGACUGCUUCAAGAAUGAGCAAAGGCGCCGCGGCUCCCUGCUCCUUCCGAUCAUGGGAGAAGCGAAGGGCGGAACCCAAUCAAAAGCCCGCCAGCCUGGGGGUGAAGGCUGAGGAGAUUGCGGAGGGCAUGAAGAUCGUAGACCUGGCAGAGACUGGGGGCGCGGGCGUUUCGCCGGAACUGGCGGACGCGGUUACGGACUCCGCGCAGGCGCUGCGGACUGGCGCCCAGCAGAAGGGGCCCCAGCGUCUCGACGUGUAUGGCAAAGCCUGGAGGCAAAUGGAGGGGCGGAGAGAGUGCUUGGUCUUUCGUGGCAGAAUUGUUUGCCAGUGACUGACUAGCUAACGGGGACCAGCUACUUGCGCAAGACUGUCACCGCGCUGCGCGAGAGGGAGGUGGCCUGUAGGCUUCUAGGGUAUGAAACUUAACGACACGCGCCGGACUUCCCAACGCCAUAGGCAGUGCCGUGCUUUGCGGAUAAUGAUGCCCCGCGCUGUUUUGCUGAGCCAGCUCGCAGCGAUUCGCUGGCCUGGCUGCUUGGCGUUGUUGUUAAAUAAUGACUAUAGCAGAUCGGAGCUCCUUGGGCUCUUCGCUUCGCCGGGUUCGUUUCCAUGCGCUUCAUUCCCUCGGACUGCGUGGGCGGUAGAGCGGGGGCCUGCCUUUGGUGUGUUGUUGUUCUUGUUCAUGUUGCUACAGCUGCUUCGCUGUUCGUCUUGGCGCUGGCCUUGCGCCUCUGUAUUUUCUCUCUUCGUGGUGAAUUAAUCGCCCAAGCGGGCCGCUAGGAAGGGUGGGCGGGUAAGUAGCUGAUUCCGAUAUCUCGGCAUGUUCAUCUAGUUCUAGUGCAAAAAGGAGCGGUAGCGGCUGCGCCUGCAGCAAUUGAUAUAAUAGCUUUUCCGUAGUGUUUUAUUCACUUUUUUCUGCUCUCAUGAUCAAUGAGUCUACUUUGUUCACGUUUAGGUUGAAAGGCCUCAAACCUCCCUACGCUCUCUCCACCACCUCGGCCCCUGUCUAACCUUCGGCAAUCUCCAGUCUCUACUUCCGGAGCUGCACGCUCGAUUUGCGAAGCUGACUUUUCAAAACUUAGAGCAAAGAAAGCAAGUGAUGGACGCACUGGCAAAAGUGGAACAUAGAUUUUGUCUCUUAUGGCCACGACGACAUGCUUAUUUAAGUGUGCGUGUAGCUCAGCGACAGUGAGUAGGGAGGUUGUCUUCUACUUCUAAAUCUGUUAAAUUUCCAAGGCUUUUCUCCUCUUUCCAUGUACUAACGUACAGGAUUCCACACUUCUUGUUGUUUAGGUCGUUUCACCAAUUUGUUUCAAGUAAAGGUCGUAAGUAAUAGUAACUCCAUCAACAUCAUGAAUGUCUGUGAUACGUAUUUAUUCUUUCCCCAACGAAGACGAGCCUCGUCUAAUUGGAGGCAGCUUCAAAACGGAAUUCGAAGCGGCCUAUCUGGUGAACGAGAUCAUGAUGCUAAGAGCGAAGUGGAAGCAUCAAGCUGCGAUGGGCGCGUGAGGAAGAGUCAUAUGUAGUGAUCAUGAUGAUCUACUUCUGAUACUAGAAGAUGAGAAUCCACUCAGACUCGUUCUUUGUUACGCUUUCUUGUUGAAAAAAAAAAGGAACAAGAUGAACUUUCCCAUCCAUGGUGAAACGCGCUCAUUCGAAUUCAUUACUGCUGGCAUAGUUGAUCGUUAUAUGGAAAAAUACUACUACGAAGAUGAACCGCCAACCACUUAGAUUGAUCGCAGAUUUAAUUUUGAUUCUCAAAAUGAAAA